AGCCCAGAAUUUGUAGUGUUGUAUCUGUGUUUGUACUUUUAUGUUGUCCCGUGUCCCGUAUUUUUUCUUGAGUAGUUCUUGGCUCGUCACUGUGACUUGUGUACUGUGUAAUCACAAAUUAAUUUUGCAAAAAUGUACAUGCCUUAAAUCUUUAAUUAUUUUUAAACUCAUGGAAUGAACUCUUAAAUCAGGAUUUAGAGCCGAGACGCCGAAGUACGACACAAAAAAACGAAACAUAACAAAAAAUAUCGAAAGAAUAUAAUAUAUCUACGUCUAGUCAAAGCAUUCACAAUAUAAUUGAAACAUUGCAAACGAAAAAAUAAAAAUAAACGUAAUGAAUCACUAAAAUGAAAUAAACUGUGUUAUUAGGAUAUUAAAUAGAAUUAUUAAGUUUGUACUUAUUUAGUUUAUCAAUUAAUAAGUUCACUAGUUUAAAUAAAAAUGCAAAUACUAAAGGCAAGAUUCGCGUUACGCGCCACAGCGUCGCAAUUCCAGGCAUGGAGCUCGGCCAAAACUCGGACAGCUGCUACGGACUCGAAGAUAGUGGAAUACAAACCAAUCAGAAGCGUUCUUGUUGCGAAUCGCGGUGAGAUCGCCAUACGUGUCUUCCGAGCAUGCACGGAACUAGGCAUCCGUUCUGUGGCUAUUUACAGCGAACAAGACAAACUGCAAAUGCACAGACAAAAAGCCGACGAAUCGUAUAUAGUCGGAAAAGGUCUGCCACCAGUCGAGGCCUACCUCAGCAUCCCGGAGAUCAUCAGGGUUGCGAAGGAGAACGACGUUGACGCCGUACAUCCCGGCUACGGUCUUUUAUCUGAAAGGGCCGAUUUCGCCCAGGCCAUCAUUAAUGCCGGUCUGCGGUUCAUCGGGCCCUCGCCCAAGGUCGUGCAGCAGAUGGGAGACAAAGUAGCCGCCAGAAAAGCUGCCAUCGAAGCAAAGGUGCCGAUUGUUCCCGGAACCGAUGGUCCGGUCACAACGAAAGAGGAGGCUGUGGAGUUCUGCAAAAGUCACGGUCUUCCGGUUAUCUUAAAGGCUGCGUACGGAGGCGGCGGUCGUGGUAUGAGGGUGGUCCGUAAGAUGGAAGAAGUGCCUUCGGCUUUCGAACGAGCUUCUUCAGAAGCUCUCGGCGCUUUCGGCAACGGUUCUAUGUUUAUUGAACGAUUCAUCGAACGACCCCGGCACAUCGAAGUACAGUUAUUGGGCGACAAAGCCGGCAACGUUGUGCACUUAUACGAACGGGACUGUUCGGUACAGAGGAGACAUCAGAAAGUCGUCGAAAUUGCUCCUGCACCGAAACUGGACCCUAAGAUUCGUCAGAAGAUGGUCGAGUGCGCCACGCAUUUGGCGCGGCACGUCGGCUACGAGAACGCCGGCACAGUCGAGUUCCUGCUCGACGACAAAGGGAACUUCUACUUCAUCGAGGUCAACGCCAGAUUGCAAGUGGAGCAUACCAUAACAGAAGAAGUCACAGGUAUCGACCUAGUACAGUCACAGAUACGUAUCGCCGAGGGGAUGACCCUGCCCGAACUAGGGUUGACGCAGGAUAAAAUACAAGCACAGGGAUACGCGAUACAAUGUCGUGUUACUACCGAAGAUCCCGCCAAUAACUUCCAGCCCAGUACGGGCAGAAUCGAGGUGUUCAGAUCCGGUGAAGGGAUGGGAAUCCGUCUCGACUCAGCCUCCACGUACGCCGGCGCCGUCAUCUCGCCGUACUACGACUCUUUACUUGUCAAAGUGAUCUCUCACGCUCACGACCUACCCUCGUCGGCGGCCAAAAUGAACAGAGCCCUCCGCGAGUUCCGCAUCCGAGGAGUCAAGACCAACAUCCCCUUCUUACUCAACGUGCUCGAGAACCAGAAAUUCCUAAACGGUUCGGUCGACACGUACUUCAUAGACGAAAAUCCGCAACUGUUCAUGUUUAAAGCCUCACAGAACAGAGCGCAGAAGAUCCUCAACUAUCUCGGCUAUGUGCUGGUCAACGGGCCGGCCACUCCUCUUGCCACCAAAAUACCCCCAUCUGACGUCAAGCCCUACAUACCUCAAGUGCCGCUGGUACGCUUUGGCUCUGACCUUUCCCCAGAGGCUAUUAAAAGACAGGAAUUAACCGGAGAAAACACAGCCGUCCAACCGCCGAAGGGCUACAAACAAAUACUCGACGAGGGUGGCCCCGAGGCCUUCGCCAAAGCGGUUCGGCAGCACAAGGGUCUGCUCCUGAUGGACACGACGUUCCGGGACGCGCACCAGUCGCUGCUGGCCACCAGGGUGCGGACCCACGACCUGCUCGCCGUCUCGCCCUACGUAGCGCACAACUUCAACAACCUGUACUCGCUCGAGAACUGGGGAGGAGCUACAUUCGACGUGGCCUUGAGAUUCCUCCACGAGUGUCCGUGGGAGCGUCUCCACGACAUGAGGCAGUUGAUCCCGAACAUUCCGUUCCAGAUGUUGCUCCGCGGCGCGAACGCGGUCGGCUACACCAACUAUCCCGACAACGUCGUCUUCAAGUUCUGCGACAUGGCCGUCCAAGCAGGAAUGGACAUCUUCCGAGUUUUCGAUUCGCUGAACUAUUUACCGAACUUGGUACUGGGCAUGGAGGCGGCCGCGAAGGCAGGCGGAGUCGUCGAGGCCGCCAUCUCGUACACGGGCGACGUUUCGGACCCCAGCAAAACUAAAUACGACCUGAAGUAUUACACGAAGCUGGCCGACGAUCUGGUGAAGGCCGGAACUCACGUGCUCGCUAUCAAAGACAUGGCCGGACUGCUGAAGCCCCAGGCUGCGAAGUUGCUGAUAGGCGCCAUCCGCGCGGCGCACCCGCACGUCCCGCUGCACGUGCACACGCACGACACGAGCGGCGCGGGCGUGGCCGCCAUGCUGGCGUGCGCGGAGGCGGGCGCGGACGUGGUGGACGUCGCCGUGGACUCCGUGUCCGGACUCACCUCGCAGCCCAGCAUGGGCGCACUGGUGGCUUCCUUGCAGGGCACCCCCUUGGACACCAAGAUACCGCUACAAAAGGUGUCAGAGUACUCGGCCUAUUGGGAGCAAGCUCGUACCCUAUACGGACCCUUCGAAUGUACGGCCACAAUGAAGUCUGGCAACGCUGAUGUGUACCUCAAUGAGAUCCCCGGAGGACAGUACACCAAUCUACAAUUCCAAGCGUUCUCCUUAGGACUGGGAAGCCAGUUCGAAGAGGUCAAGAAAGCUUACAGGGAAGCAAACCUCCUCUUGGGUGAUAUAAUCAAAGUUACUCCAUCGUCGAAGGUCGUGGGAGAUCUUGCACAGUUCAUGGUACAGAAUAAGCUGACGGCUGCCGAUAUCAACGCUAGAGCUGAGGAGCUCUCCUUCCCGAAGUCGGUGGUGGAGUACCUGCAGGGAGCUAUCGGGAUACCGUAUGGAGGAUUCCCUGAACCAUUGAGGUCGAAAGUUCUGAAAGACAUGCCGAGAAUCGAAGGACGUCCCGGAAAAGAGUUGCCUUCUCUGAACUUCGAUAAACUAAAGGGUGAACUGAAAGAAUCUUUCCCAGACAUAAACGACGAGGACGUGAUGUCGGCGGCCAUGUACCCGCAGGUCGCGAGCGACUUCUUCCGUUUCCGGGACAAGUACGGGCCUGUCAAACAUCUGGACACCAAGACCUUCCUGGUCGGCCCCGCGGUCGGCGACACCAUAGAGGUUAAGAUAGAGCGCGGCAAGACCCUGGACAUCAGGACGGUGGCGGUGUCGGAGGACAUGACGACCGCCGGCGAGCGCGAGGUCUUCUUCGAGCUCAACGGGCAGCUGCGGUCAGUCUUCAUCAGAGACGAGAACGCCAGCAAGGAAAUGAAGAUCCACCCGAAGGCGGUGAAAGGCGAUAAGAAUCAAGUGGGUGCCCCGAUGCCCGGAACCGUUCUCACUAUCAAAGUGAAGGAAGGCGACAAAGUCGAGAAGGGGCAGCCGAUAGCCGUGCUCUCCGCUAUGAAAAUGGAAAUGAUCGUUCAAGCCCCCAAGGCUGGUACCGUCAAGACCGUCUCGAUUACAAACGGACAAAAACUAGAAGGCGACGAUUUGAUCUGCACUAUCGAAUAACAAUAAUAAAAAAAACAACAACAAAAACAUCCGACGAGGUUAAUGCUUUAAAUUAAAAAACAAAUAUUGAAAAAUUCCUCAAACGCCACGAAACUGUAUCUCCAGUAAUAUUACCUCAACUACAAUUUAAGAAAUGAGUGGAUUAAGGGCAUAUGAUGCAAUUAGGUAAUUUUUAUUAUAAAAAAUACAAUUUAACAGUUUUUUUAAUUUUUAAAUAAACUACUACUAAUUGAAUAAGAACUGUCUGAUGAACUCAUC